CCGUUUGACAGCCUUACUUAAAUGCCUUAUUUUUUCGUAUGAUGUCCAUAUUGGGUAAUAUGAGUAUAAAGAUCACUAUAGGGUUGUUAGUUCAUGUCUUGAGUGCUCUAAUAGUGUUUAAAAAACAUAUUUAGUGGGUAGUCAGUGGGUUGUCUUUGUUUUAACUAUGAAAAAAAUACAAUUUCUAAAUAAAGAAUUCUGAUUUGCGAAAAUUCUCAUCAAAGUCUUGUUGGGAACCAAUUAAUCAUGAUAAGCAAGGUAUUACUGUAGGUCCUUGCAAUCAAUGAAUGGCUGAAGAUAAGGUUGAAGAUAAUGAUCUUGAUAUAACACUUCUCUAGUGAAGUGUACAUUGACAUCAAUUCAAUUCCCAACAGAAAUAUAUAAGCAGCUAGAAAUUGAUACCUUUGGAAAGACGAGGAGAGCAAGCGAGUAUGCAAAUUCCAGUGUCCAGGUUGUACAUCUAACAUUGGAUCUAAAACAGCAGUUCAAGGCAGUCAAAUAAAUUCAGUUCAGUUGAAUUAUGGGAUUGAUAUCUGUGAUGUAUGAUUCACGUGUACACAUUCCAGGAGUGGUAUCAUGUCAUUCCUGUCCCCGGUUGACUCGGGCUUUGAAGCAGCAACACGCCUUGAAAGAGCUCAAACAUCAAACUGAAAUCUCUGCUCUGUUGAAAUGUCUGUGUUUCUGCCUAUCUUUAUCUCGUUGCGUUUGUCUCAGCUGUCUAACACACACACACACACACACACACAUUCACACGCACACAACAUGAUAAAUUAUAGAUUGCUACCUGCCUUUGGGCCAUAAGUCGUUUGUUCCCCUUGACUAACGUGUUUACUCUGCCCUGGGCUGGUGAUGGUACGGAUUUACCAUUGAUUCAGCGCCCAGGGAGUGCGAGGAAGAUGAGUUCCAAUGCCAAAACGGCUACUGCAUUCGUAGCCUCUGGCACUGUGAUGGAGACAAUGACUGCGGGGACAACAGCGAUGAGCAGUGUGACAUGCGUAAAUGUUCUGACAAGGAGUUCCGCUGCACAGACGGCAGUUGCAUUGCUGAGCAUUGGUACUGCGAUGGAGACACGGACUGUAAAGACGGAUCUGAUGAGGAAAACUGCCCCUCAGAUGUAAUGGCAGCCACCUGCAGCGUUGAGGAGUUCCAGUGUGCAUAUGGCCGCUGUAUCCUGGACAUCUAUCACUGUGAUGGAGACGACGACUGUGGAGACUGGUCAGAUGAGUCAGACUGCUCAUCUCAUCAGCCAUGCAGGUCUGUUGAGUUCAUGUGCAGCAGUGGGAUGUGUAUCAACGCUGGCUGGAGAUGCGAUGGCGAGUUUGACUGUGACGAUCAGUCCGAUGAGAAGAAUUGCACUACGUCCAUGUGCACCGCUGACCAGUUUCGGUGUGGAACAGGACGCUGUGUGCGGUUGUCAUGGCGAUGCGACGGGGAAGAUGAUUGCUCAGAUCGCAGUGAUGAAGAGGGCUGUGAGAAAACCGAGACGUCCCCUUGUGCUCCGGACCAGUUUCAAUGUGGGAAUGGACGCUGUAUCGGUCAGAGGAAGGUGUGCAAUGAGGUCAACGACUGUGAAGAUGGGACUGAUGAACUCCCACACCAUGAAUGUCGUCCACGCUCCAGUGAUGGUAACUGUAAUCAAAAUAACGGAGGUUGCUCCCAGAAGUGUCAGAUGGUUAGAGGACUGGUCCAGUGCACCUGUCACACUGGAUACCGACUGAUGGAUGACGGCAGAUCCUGCCAAGAUGUGGACGAGUGUGCCGAGGAAGGAUACUGCAGCCAGGGUUGCACCAACAUAGAAGGCGGCUUCCAUUGCUGGUGUGUUCAAGGCUAUGAGCUGCGGCCCGACAAGCGGAGUUGCAAGGCCCUGGGUCCAGAGCCGGUGCUGUUGUUUGCCAAUCGAAUUGAUAUCCGUCAGGUUCUGCCACACCGUUCUGAGUACACGCUGCUUCUCAACAACCUUGAAAACGCCAUUGCCCUCGACUUCCAUCACAGCCUCGAGCUGGUUUUCUGGUCAGAUGUGACACUGGACCGCAUCAUGAAGGCCAACCUCAAUGGGUCCAAUGUGGAAGAGGUUGUGUCCACCGGCCUGGAGAGCCCAGGUGGGCUGGCUAUUGACUGGAUCCAUGAUAAACUGUACUGGACAGACUCCGGAACCUCCCGCAUUGAGGUGGCCAACUUGGAUGGCACCCAUCGCAAGGUGCUGCUGUGGCAGAACAUGGAGAAGCCCCGGGCCAUCGCGCUGCACCCUAUAGAGGGUAAGAUCUACUGGACUGACUGGGGCAACACACCUCGCAUUGAGUAUGCCAACAUGGAUGGCUCCAAUCGGCGAGUCAUCGCAGACACACACUUGUUCUGGCCCAAUGGCUUAACCAUCGACUAUGCAGGCCACCGCAUGUAUUGGGUAGACGCCAAGCACCAUGUCAUCGAAAGGGCCGACCUGGAUGGGCGGAAUCGCAAAGCUGUCAUCAAUCAAGGUCUUCCUCACCCAUUUGCCAUCACAGUGUUUGAAGACAGCCUCUACUGGACUGACUGGCACACCAAGAGCAUCAACAGUGCCAAUAAAUUCACCGGCAAGAACCAAGAGAUCAUCCGUAACAAGUUGCACUUUCCCAUGGACAUCCACACCUUGCACCCCCAGAGGCAACCUGAAGGAGGCAAAAAUCGCUGCGGCGCCAACAAUGGAGGCUGCAGCCACUUGUGUCUCCCUAGCAACAAGACCUACACCUGUGCUUGUCCAACUGGCUUUAAGAAGGUGGACCACUACAACUGUGCCAACAGUCUUGACAAGUUCCUGCUUUUUGCCCGAAGGACGGACAUCCGACGAAUCAGCUUUGACACAGAGGAUAUGUCAGAUGAUGUCAUCCCACUGGCUGAUGUGCGCAACGCUGUGGCACUGGACUGGGAUGCCAGAGACGGCUACAUCUACUGGACUGAUGUCACCACCGACUCCAUCAACAGAGCCCUGUGGAAUGGCAGCAAACAGGAGUUGGUGGUGGACACCAGUCUGGAAAGUCCUGCAGGUUUGGCCAUUGACUGGGUGACCAACAAACUCUACUGGACUGAUGCUGGUACAGAUCGCAUCGAGGUCUCGAAUGCAGAUGGGAGUAUGCGGACAGUGCUUAUAUGGGAGAAUCUUGACCGACCAAGAGACAUUGUUGUCGACCCAAUUGGAGGUUUAAUGUACUGGACUGACUGGGGUGCCAACCCAAAGAUUGAAUGUGCUGGGAUGGACUCUACCAAUCGGAUAGUCAUCAUAUCUUCCAACUUGACGUGGCCCAACGGACUUGCCAUUGACUAUGAAACUAAACGCCUGUACUGGGCAGAUGCUGGCAUGAAGACCAUUGAAUACGGGAACUUUGAUGGCUCCAACCGACAGGUUUUGAUUGGAAGCCAGCUGCCUCACCCCUUUGGCCUCACAGUGCAUGAAGACAUGCUGUACUGGACGGACUGGCAGUCUAAGAGCAUCCAGAGCGCUAACAAGCUCACCGGUUUGGGUCGGCAUACGCUUGCAGAAAACUUGGAGAACCUCAUGGAUAUUCAUAUGUUCCAGAGGCACCGCGAAACAGUCCACAAUCCGUGUGCAGUGAAUAACGGAGGCUGUAGCCACCUGUGUCUUCUGGCUCCUGCUCCCAAAGCCUACAGCUGUUCUUGUCCCACCGGGAUCAACCUUCAGUCAGAUGGAAAGACCUGCACACCUGGGAUGAGCAGCUUCCUGAUCUUUGCGCGGAGGACAGACAUUAGAAUGGUUUCUCUGGACAUUCCUUACUUUGCCGAUGUGGUUCUUGCUGUCAACAGUUCCAUGAAAAACACCAUUGCCAUUGGUGUUGACCCAAAAGAUGGAAAGGUGUAUUGGUCUGACAGCACACUGAAAAAAAUCAGCAGAGCCAACAUUAAUGGAACAGCUGAUGAAGACAUCAUAUCUACAGGCUUGAUGACGACAGAUGGUUUGGCAGUCGAUGCUGUAGGCCGAAAGAUUUACUGGACAGACACAGGAACUAACCGGAUAGAAGUUGCCAAUCUGGAUGGCUCCAUGAGGAAGGUUCUCGUUUGGCAAAACCUGGACAGCCCUCGUGCCAUCGCCCUUUACAACGAGAUGGGUUACAUGUACUGGACUGACUGGGGAGAACAUGCUAAGCUGGAACGCUCUGCGAUGGAUGGGUCAGAUCGAGUGGUCCUAAUCAAUAACAACCUGGGCUGGCCUAAUGGUCUUGCUAUAGACAUGGCUGGCUCACAAUUGCUGUGGGCUGAUGCUCAUACUGAGCGUAUCGAGGCAGCUGAUCUUAAUGGCCAAAACCGGCGGACCCUCGUGACUCCAGUCCAGCACCCAUACGGUUUAACCCUUUUAGGGCCACACAUCUAUUGGACUGACUGGCAGAGCCGCAGCAUCCAGCGGGCAGACAAGAAUACCGGUGCCAAUACCAUUACUGUACGUGCCAACCUACCCGGCUUAAUGGACAUUCAGGCUGUGGAUAGGGAGAGACCUCUGGGGUUUAAUAAGUGUGGCAGAAAGAAUGGCGGCUGCACUCACCUGUGCCUGCCUCGUCCCAACGGUACGUCCUGCGCUUGUCCUACUGGCAUCCUGCUCAAGGAAGAUGGAAGAUCAUGUGACAACUCCCCAGAGACCUAUCUUGUCUUCUCCAACCGAGUCAGUGUGCGGAGAAUCUCCUUGGACACAAACGAUCACACAGACGUUCACAUACCAGUACCUGAGCUUCACAACGUUAUUUCACUGGAUUACGACAGUGUUGAUGGAAAACUGUACUACACUGACGUCACCUUGGAUGUGAUAAGACGGGCCAGCCUGGACGGCACUGGCAUGGAGACCGUAAUCAGCCAAGGCCUAAAGACUACAGACGGGCUGGCUGUGGACUGGGUGGCCAGGAACAUGUACUGGACCGACACCGGCAGAAACACCAUUGAGGUGGCACGUCUUGAUGGAACAAGCCGCAAGGUCUUGGUCAACAAUAGUUUAGAUGAACCCAGAGCUAUUGCGGUGUUCCCGAGCAAAGGGUUCCUGUUCUGGACCGAUUGGGGUCAUAUUGCAAAAAUUGAGCGGUCUCACCUGGAUGGUACAGACCGGAAAGUUCUAAUCAACACUGACCUGGGCUGGCCCAAUGGACUCACAUUAGACUACGACACAAGGAGGAUCUUUUGGGUAGAUGCCCACUUGGACAGGAUUGAGAGCUCCGACCUGAGUGGGAAGCUGCGUCAGGUCCUUGUUAGCCCAGUGUCCCACCCCUUCGCCCUAACACAGUUGAAGCCGGUGUCCUCCCCUCUAACACCUUUCUCCCGACUCUCGCAGCAAGACCGUUGGAUCUACUGGACUGAUUGGCAGACAAAGUCCAUCCAGCGGGUGGACAAACACAAUGGCCGUAACAAGGAAACGGUGCUGGCCAAUGUUGAGGGCCUCAUGGACAUUAUUGUGGUAUCGCCUAACAGGCAGACAGGGACCAAUCUCUGUGGGGUGAACAAUGGAGGCUGCACUCACCUCUGCUUUGCCAAGACCAACAGUUUUGUCUGUGCAUGUCCCGAUGAACCGGACGGACGACCCUGCUCCACUAUUGCAGGCUACAUCCCUACCUCUCCUGCCAAAGAGGCCAGCAGCACCCCUGCCCCCAAUAAAAUCCCCAAAGCUGCAACAGAAACCUCCCAAAGAGGACCCUCAGUGGUCAAUUGCACUGACAAGAACGUAAAUGUGGAAGAGUGCUUACAGAGUAAUGUGGUGACAGCCCCUCAUGGAGAAGGGCUUCAUAUCAGCUACGUGAUAGGCGGAGUUUUGACUAUUCUUGCUAUUCUCAUUCUCAUUGCUGCUUUGAUUAUUUAUAGACAUAAAAAGUCCAAGUUUGCCGACCCAGGAGUUAGCAACCUCACAUACAGCAACCCUUCAUACCGGACGUCCACGCAAGAGGUCAAGAUCGAGGCUUCUCAGAAGCCUCCAAUUUACAACCAACUGCGAUAUAAGAAAGAGGGUGGUGUGGAUGGAGGCUACACGAAGGAGAAGAUCCGCAUCGUGGAGGGUGUGUGUCUCCUGUCAACAGAGGAGCUUUACUGGGACGACUUAAAACAGAUCAAGCCGUCCCGAGGGGGCCUGCACACCUGCAUGCGCACAGACACCGUCUCAUUGCAGGCCAGCAGCGCUUCGCUGGAUGAUGGAGAGACAGAGCAGCUCCUCCAGGAGGAAGCGUCUGAAUGCUCCUCCAUAACCACACUGACCCCUUCAGCCAUUACCCCACAGCGUCAUGCCCAGCACAGCCUGCCCGACACCGGCUGGGCGUCCAUGCGCAAGCCCUCCACUGAGAGUGAAGUGUGAGAGGACAGCAUUUGCGCUUUAUCUUGACCUCCUUUGCAACACAUGCAUAUACACGCCUGUAUUUAUAGCUGGUGCAAACAGACAUAGAGGAUGCAAAGUACUAGCACAGAUACAUAUUUAGAGUCUGAGUGAAAUAAACAAGUUCUGAUAAACUCAACUCUUUCUGAAACUGGGACUCCGUCCUAUUUGUACAGGCAUACACACAAACCCCUUCGUGCUCUGUGCUAAAAUGCCUUCUGGCAAAAUGAUCAACUAAUUAGCAUGCCGGAGUAAGAAAGCAAAGGACUCCUGGGAGGAAGUGACCAGAGACACAAAUACGUAAGGAUGCAAAGCGACACAUGUCUCGCUGCGUGCAACUUUCUUUCUCCCGGGGAAACAACCGACACAACGUUCUCCCAGGACAACGAUGCCCUUAAACCACUCAUCUCUUUAUGAACUCUAUUUAUGAACAUUUUUUAUUUGUACUACAAAGUGGGCUUUGAGAAUUAAACAGAACAGCGAGUGUUGUGUGGAGCUUUGUGCAGCAGGUAUUCGAGUGUUGUGUUUAUGACCGUGCCAAAGGGCGGGGCUUCACCAAGUCCCCUUGCUGCUUCUUGCAUUUACUCGUCAAUAAAACGGUGUCCCGGUUCCAGCAGACAGCCAAAUCGAGCAGUUCGUGCAAACAUUUAGCUCCAAACUCUUCAAAUACUCGACUAUGUUUGUUGUUGCCAAUGCUGCCAAUUUAACGUUUGCUAACGAAACGAAGGAAGUUGCAGCCUCGGUGCCAGAUUUAGUUUUUAAUUCACUUUCCAUUACAUUUCAUGAAAUGAUUGGUAUAGCCAUAUCAUAAGAAACCUGUUUACACAUCUAUCCAUGUAGGUAGUGUUAAUUUAUUUAGUGUAAAUGGAUGACAUAUUAAAGGAAAGGGACACCUAUAGUAAUGAUAUGGAUGGGUUUAACUAUGCCACUUGAUGCUUGUUUUCUGAUUUUUUUAUACACUAAUUGUCCCUUCGAACUUGUAGUGGACAAAAAUUUGCAUCGAUGCUGGCCAAAUGUAAUUUCAUUCGAAGAAUUCUUUCAUUUUUCCCUGCAAUUUUUAACACACAUUCACAGCACUUACAAUGAGAAUGUGCAGGAGCUACAGUAUGUUAAAGAGGUUGGUAUUGACGUAACUUAAAGUUUGUGCAAUUGUUGAUUACGUUCAGUGGCAGAGAUCUCGUUACCUACGUACGUUAUGGACUGCUUUGCCAAACACUACAGUAAAAGGAUUUAUUUUUAUUUGUUAAAUGUAAAAUCGGAUGCAACAGUGCACUUGCGUUAUGGAGCAUUUAGGAACAAGAUGGAUGGCAUCAGGCAGCGAGGGUUGUAGUUUAGUAACACAACAGUAACAGUCAUUAUACAUCGCUUUACCUUUAAAAUUGUCUUCUCAUAUGGUGCAAGGAAAUACUAUAUUGCAAUUCAGACAAAUGUGUCGGCCUUAUUUAUAGAACAAUGUAUUUUGAAGAAUCUGCAACUUGCUGUUUUGCUGCUAGACAAAGCACUGAAGCCAAUGAAAGAGGGUCUUGGCAGCUACAGAACUAGAGUCUCUGGCAGUUGGUUACCAGUAUGCCCAUACGGGCAUCAUAGUGUCCCAGUAACCCAUCAUCAUCCCUACUCAUGUCCCACCAACUCUGCUGCAGGAAUUGCUAAAGCUGUAUAAAAAGGAAAACAAAAGCUGGAGAUACUGUUUUGAUUGAGCUGUACAGUCUUUUGUACAAAGGGAUUUCAUGACUGUAAUUAGACUUGUAUUAAUUUUACUCACUGGAGAAGAAUUUUUGCUCAACUUUUUUGCUGGAUUAUUUUAACCACUGUGUUUCCAAGUUUUGUAAAUGAUAGGGAAGAUGCCCUUUAUUUAAUAGUCCUCUUUUAUAAAUACUGGUCGCAUAUAGUUGUUGUAAAGUUAACAAAAAGAGGUAUUUAUGAUUUGUUUGGUUGUCAUAUGAUGUGUAAAUAUGAACAGACUGUAUAUGUAUUUCCAUGGCAGUACUAACAAGCUGUGUUGUGUGAUAUAGUGAAUCAUCCCUUUGCUAUCUUUUAAUAUA